AUUUGGGCUGCCUCCGGCUCCCGACUCCGAGUGAUUGUCUAAAAAAAAAAAAAAAAAAAAAAAAAUUAAAAAUGGCCGAGAAUGUGGUGGAGCCGGGCCCGCCUUCAGCCAAGCGGCCUAAACUCUCCUCACCGGCGCUCUCCGUGUCCGCCAGCGACGGCACAGAUUUUGGAUCCCUUUUUGAUCUGGAACACGAYUUACCAGAUGAACUCAUCAGCUCCACGGAACUGGGACUCACCAACGGUGGUGACAUUAAUCAGCUGCAGACCAGCCUCGGCAUGGCACAAGAUGCUGCAUCUAAACACAAGCAGCUGUCUGAACUUUUACGGGCUGGCAGUUCCCCAAAUCUCAAUAUGGGGGUUGGCGGCCCUGGCCAGGGCAUGGCCAGUCAAACCCAACAAAACAGCCCUGGAAUGGGAAUGUUAAACAGCAUGGUGAAAAGCCCCAUGGCACAGGCUGGCUUGACUUCUCCCAACAUGGCAAUGGGUGCAAGUGGACCAAACCAGGGUCCUUCAGCCCAAUCCACAGCAGGAAUGAUGCCAACAGUAAACAGUCCAGUUAAUCAGCCUGGCAUGGGAAUGAACACAGGGAUGAAUGCUGGCAUGAAUCCUGGGAUGUUGGCAGCAGGCAACGGACAGGGAAUAAUGCAGGGGCAAGUCAUGAACGGUUCAAUUGGAGCAGGCAGAGGGCGACCUAAUAUGCCCUACCCAAAUCCAGGAAUGAGCAAUGCUGGUAACUUGUUGGCUGAGACACUGCAACAAGGCUCRCCCCAGAUGGGAGGACAGCCUGGACUGAGAGGGCCACAGCCUGGAGCCAUGAACAAGAUGGGAAUGAUGAGCAAUCCCAGUCCUUACGGCCAGCCGUAUAGUCAGAAUACUGGGCAGCAGAUGGGAGCCAGUGGACUCGGGCCUCAGAUGCAGAAUAAAGCUGGGCUGCAGAACAGCUUACCMCAGUUCCCAAUGGAGAAGAAGCCAGUUCCUGGGGCAGGAAUACCUAAUAUGGGCCAGCAGCAGGCGCCCCAAGUUCAGCAAGCUGGGAUGGGGCCAGCAGCUUCCCAAGGAAUGGGGUCCGGAGCGCCGACAGCCGAUCCGGAGAAACGCAAGCUCAUUCAGCAGCAGCUAGUGCUGCUCUUGCACGCUCACAAGUGUCAGCGGCGAGAACAGGCCAACGGAGAGGUGCGACAGUGCAACCUCCCGCACUGCCGAACCAUGAAGAAUGUCCUGAACCACAUGACACAUUGUCAGGCUGGCAAAUCUUGCCAGGUGGCACAUUGCGCGUCUUCCCGACAAAUCAUCUCGCACUGGAAGAACUGUACGAGACACGAUUGUCCUGUAUGUCUGCCGCUCAAAAACGCCGGGGACAAAAGAAACCAACAAUCGCUGCUGGGCGGAGCUGCGGUGGGCCUUGCAAACACAGGCUCCGUGGGCGUGGGGCAGCAGACAACGCCCAGCAUAAACACUACCAGUCAGAUAGACCCCAGCUCCAUCGAGAGAGCCUACGCAGCCCUCGGACUGACCUACCAAGGGAACCAGAUGCAGACCCAGUCGCAGGCUCAAGUGAAGAAUCAGCAGCAAGGACAGUCUCCCCAAGGUCUGCGCCCUAUGAAUCCCAUGAGUGCAAAUCCAAUGGGAGUGAAUGGAGGAGUAGGGGUUCAAACCCCUAAUCUGCUACCUGACUCGAUGCUACAUUCAACCAUGAAUUCACAAAACGCCAUGAUGAGUGAAAGUGCCAGUGUUGCCAGUUUGGGGGCCAUGCCAACAGCUCAACCAUCCAAUACUGGAAUCCGAAAGCAGUGGCAUGAAGACAUUACUCAGGAUCUCCGAAAUCAUCUUGUUCAUAAAUUAGUGCAAGCCAUAUUUCCUACUCCGGACCCUGCAGCGCUGAAGGAUCGGCGUAUGGAGAACCUGGUGGCGUACGCUCGGAAAGUGGAAGGAGAUAUGUAUGAGUCUGCAAAUAGCAGGGCAGAAUACUAUCACUUGCUAGCUGAGAAGAUCUAUAAGAUUCAGAAAGAAUUAGAAGAAAAACGACGGACCAGGCUGCAGAAGCAAAACAUGAUACCAAACGCGCCAGGCAUGCCGCAGGCUCCCAUGAAUCAAGGGCCCAGCAUGGGACAGCCCCAGCCAGGGAUGUCUGCAAAUGGCCCUCUUCCUGACCCAACCCUGAUACGUGCCAACGUGCCAAACCAGAUGAUGAAUCGCAUGCAGACACAGCCAGGAAUGAAUCAGUUUGGCCAGAUGAAUAUGCAGCUGUCGUCGAUGGGACCCCGGCAAACCCCUCCUCUUCAGCACCCUGGACAGCUAAGCCAGCCAGGGGCCAUGAACCAGAUGGGAUUUCCUUCACGUAUGCAGCAGCCAGGAGUUGGCCAACCUUCCAGUCAGAAUCAGUUUCUACAACAAAACCAGUUCCCUGCUUCUUCCCCAGGAAUGAACGCAGCAAGCAUGCCUAUGACCCAGCCUGGCAAUCAAACACCAGUUUCUCAAGCACAAAUGACCAGCUCUUCCUGUCCCGUGAACUCUCCUGCAAUGGCUCCAGGUUCUCAAGGGAGCCACAUUCACUGCCCGCCUCUCCCGCAGCCUCCCAUGCACAGGAAUUCCCCUUCCCCRGUGCCGAGUCGGACCCCAACGCCUCACCACACGCCCCCCAGCUUGGGGUCACAGCAGCAGCAGCAGCAGGCGGCGGCAGCUGCCGCGGCAGCUGCCCCCACAGCCCCCACCGCUGCUCCACAGGCCUUGCCCCAGGGCCCGCAGUCUCAAACUAUGCACCCCCCUCCAAGGCAGACGCCCACCCCUCCACAGGCCCCGCUGCCCCCCCAGGUGCAGCCUCCGGUCCCGGUCACCCCUUCUGCCGAGCAGCAGCAGCAGCAGCAGCCCCUGUCACAGCAGAGCACGACUGCGUCCGUGCCCACGCCAACAGCACCGCUGCAGCCUCAGCACCCCACAACGCCUCUUUCACAGCCAGCCGUAAGCAUUGAUGGGCAGGUGUCCAACCCGCCAUCCACCAGCAGCACUGAGGUGAACUCGCAGCAGACUGCUCUGGAGCAGCAGCAGCCGCCUUUGCAGGAAGUGAAAAUGGAAAUUAAAGCAGAAGAAGGGGAACCAGAACAGACAGAGUUGCAGAUGGAGGAGAAAUCAGAGGGUAAAGUGGAACCGGCGGUGGAGGAAUGUAAACCAGAUCCAAUGGAACAAGAAGAGAAGAAGCCAGAAGUGAAGACUGAAAUGCCAGAGGGAGAAGAGAGACCUGCUACUCCAGCUACUCAGUCCUCUCCAGCAGCUGGGCAGUCUAAGAAAAAAAUUUUUAAGCCAGAAGAGUUGCGGCAGGCGCUUAUGCCAACACUGGAGGCACUUUAUCGUCAGGAUCCGGAGUCUCUUCCAUUUCGACAGCCUGUGGAUCCCCAACUACUAGGAAUUCCUGAUUAUUUUGACAUAGUGAAGAACCCCAUGGACCUUUCUACUAUCAAGAGGAAGUUAGACACAGGCCAGUAUCAGGAACCGUGGCAGUAYGUAGAUGACAUCUGGCUCAUGUUCAAUAAUGCCUGGCUCUACAACCGCAAAACGUCCAGGGUGUAUAAGUACUGUUCCAAACUGGCAGAGGUGUUUGAGCAAGAGAUUGACCCAGUUAUGCAGAGCCUUGGUUAUUGCUGUGGAAGAAAGCUGGAGUUCUCGCCGCAGACUUUGUGUUGCUAUGGCAAACAGCUAUGCACAAUCCCUCGAGAUGCCACUUACUACAGCUACCAGAACAGGUAUCAUUUCUGUGAGAAGUGCUUCAACGAAAUCCAAGGAGAGAGCGUUUCUCUGGGGGAUGACCCAUCACAACCUCAAACCACAAUAAACAAAGAACAGUUUUCGAAAAGGAAGAAUGAUACACUGGACCCUGAACUAUUUGUUGAAUGUAUAGAAUGUGGAAGAAAAAUGCACCAGAUCUGUGUUCUUCAUAAUGAGAUAAUCUGGCCUUCUGGCUUUGUCUGUGAUGGCUGCCUAAAGAAAACAGGGCGAACCAGGAAAGAGAACAAAUUUUCUGCUAAAAGGUUACCUGCUACAAGACUUGGUACCUUCUUGGAGAACAGAGUCAAUGAUUUCCUAAGACGACAGAAUCACCCUGARGCAGGCGAGGUUACGGUUAGGGUGGUACACGCCUCUGACAAAACUGUGGAAGUAAAACCAGGAAUGAAGGCAAGGUUUGUAGACAGUGGAGAGAUGGCCGARUCUUUCCCGUAUCGAACAAAAGCACUUUUUGCCUUUGAAGAGAUUGAUGGCGUAGACUUGUGCUUCUUUGGGAUGCACGUGCAGGAGUACGGCUCAGAUUGUCCCCCACCCAAUCAGAGGCGAGUGUAUAUAUCUUACCUUGACAGUGUUCACUUCUUCCGCCCUAAAUGCUUGAGGACUGCUGUCUAUCAUGAAAUACUAAUUGGAUACCUAGAAUAUGUAAAGAAAUUAGGGUAUACUACUGGACACAUCUGGGCCUGCCCACCUAGCGAAGGAGAUGACUACAUCUUCCACUGCCAUCCUCCCGACCAAAAGAUACCCAAGCCCAAGCGACUGCAAGAGUGGUACAAAAAGAUGCUGGACAAAUCCGUGUCGGAGCGCAUCGUCCACGAUUACAAGGAUAUAUUUAAGCAGGCAACAGAAGAUCGUCUGACCAGUGCAAAAGAGCUGCCAUACUUUGAAGGAGAUUUCUGGCCUAAUGUUUUGGAGGAGAGUAUUAAGGAACUAGAGCAAGAGGAGGAGGAACGGAAGAGGGAAGAAAACACUAGCAACGAAAGCACAGACGUGAGCAAGGGAGACAGUAAAAAUGCCAAAAAGAAGAACAAUAAGAAGACAAGUAAGAACAAGAGCAGCUUGAGUCGUGGCAAUAAGAAGAAGCCUGGCAUGCCCAAUGUAUCCAAUGAUCUGUCCCAAAAGCUAUAUGCCACUAUGGAAAAGCACAAAGAGGUCUUCUUUGUAAUCCGUCUCAUUGCUGGCCCUGCAGCCAAUUCCCUGCCUCCCAUUGUUGAGCCUGACCCGCUCAUCCCAUGCGACCUGAUGGACGGGCGCGAUGCUUUCCUGACCCUUGCUAGAGACAAACACCUGGAGUUCUCCUCCCUACGAAGGGCACAGUGGUCAACCAUGUGCAUGCUCGUGGAACUGCAUACCCAGAGCCAGGACCGCUUCGUUUACACCUGCAACGAGUGCAAGCAUCAUGUGGAGACCAGGUGGCACUGCACUGUGUGUGAGGAUUACGACCUGUGUAUCACCUGCUAUAACACUAAGAACCACGACCACAAGAUGGAGAAGCUGGGCCUCGGGCUGGACGACGAGAGCAACAACCAGCAGACGGCUACCACGCAGAGCCCCGGCGACUCGCGCCGCCUGAGCAUUCAGCGCUGCAUCCAGUCCCUGGUGCACGCCUGCCAGUGCCGCAACGCCAACUGCUCGCUGCCCUCUUGUCAGAAGAUGAAGCGGGUCGUGCAGCACACCAAGGGCUGCAAGCGCAAGACCAACGGCGGGUGCCCCAUCUGCAAGCAGCUCAUUGCCCUUUGCUGCUACCACGCGAAGCACUGCCAGGAGAACAAGUGCCCCGUGCCCUUCUGCCUCAACAUCAAACACAAGCUCCGCCAGCAGCAGCUCCAGCACCGCCUGCAGCAGGCACAGAUGCUGCGCAGGCGCAUGGCGAGCAUGCAGCGCACCGGCGUGGUGGGCCAGCAGCAGGGCUUGCCCUCACCCACGCCGGCCACGCCGACCACCCCCACGGGCCAGCAGCCCACGACGCCGCAGACGCCGCAGCCGCAGCCCCCGCCUCAGCCGGUGCCGCCGCCGCAGCCCGCGCCUCCCAACAACAUGGCGCCCUACGCCAUGCAGAGGACUCAGCCCCCCGGCGCCGUGUCCCAGGGAAAGGCAGGCGGCCAGGUGACUCCACCGACGCCGCCCCAGCCGCCUCAGCCGCCCGUUCAGGGCCCUCCUCCGGCGGCAGUGGAGAUGGCCAUGCAGAUCCAGCGGGCAGCAGAGACCCAGCGACAGAUGGCACAGGUGCAGAUUUUCCAGAGGCCCAUCCAGCACCAGAUGCCCCAGAUGCCGCCAAUGGGAAUGAACCCCCCGCAGAUAGCGAGAGGCCCCGGCGGUCACAUAGAUCAAGGAAUGGGGCCCGCAGGCAUGCAGCAGCAGCCGCCGUGGGUGCAAGGAGGGCUGCCCCAACCGCAGCAGCUGCAGCCGGGAAUGCAGCGGCCGUCCAUGAUGUCGGUGGCGCAGCCGGGGCAGCCCAUGAACAUGGCGCCGCAGCCGGGGAUGGGUCAGGUGCCCGGCGCGGCCCAGCCCAAGCAGCCCCCUCUGCCCCAGGCGGCCUUACAGAACCUCCUGCGGACUCUCAGGUCUCCCAGCUCGCCCAUGCAGCAGCAGCAGGUGCUUAACAUCCUUCACUCCAACCCCCAGCUGCUGGCGGCGUUCAUCAAGCAGCGAGCGGCCAAGUACGCGGGCUCGCAGAACGCCCAGGGGAUGCCGGCGCAGGGCGGCAUGGCGCAGGGGCAGCCGGGCCUGCAGGCGCAGCAGGCCAUGCAGGGGCAGCAGGGAGGGGUGCACGCCAACGCCGCCAUGCAGAACAUGAGCCCCAUGCAGGCGGGCGUGCAGAGGCCCAGCCUGCCGCCGCAGCAGCCGCCGCAGCAGCCGCCGCAGGCCAUGGCUGCCAUGAACCCGCAGGCGCAGCAGAUGAACAUGAACCACUCGGGGAUGGCGCCGCAGUUCCGAGACCUGCUCAUGAGGCGGCACCAGAUGAUGGAGCAGCAGCGCCACCAGCAGCAGCAGCAGCAGCAGCAAGGCGCGGGCCCGGCGCUGGGGCCCGCCAUGGCCAACCACAACCAGUUCCAGCAGCCCCAGGGCGUGGGCUACCCGCAGCAGCAGCAGCAGCAGCAGCAGCGCAUGCAGCACCACAUGCAGCAGCUGCAGCAAGGCGGCAUGGGACAGAUGGGCCAGCUCCCGCAGGCCAUGAGCGCGGAGGCGGGAGCCAGCCUGCAGCAGGCCUUCCAGCAGCGGCUGCUUCAGCAGCAGAUGGGCUCCCCGGCGCAGCCCAACCCCAUGAGCCCCCAGCAGCACAUGCUGCCCGGGCAGGCGCAGUCCCCGCACCUGCAGGGCCAGCAGCUCCCCGCCGCGCUCAGCAACCAGGUGCGCUCCCCGCAGCCCGUCCCCUCGCCACGGCCCCAGUCGCAGCCCCCCCACUCGAGCCCCUCGCCCCGGAUGCAGCCGCAGCCUUCUCCGCACCACGUCUCCCCGCAGACCAGCUCCCCGCACCCGGGCCUGGUCGCUGCCCAGGCGAACGCCAUGGAUCAAGGGCACUUUGCCAGCCCGGACCAGAGCGCCAUGCUCUCCCAGCUCGCCAGCAACCCCGGCAUGGCGGCCCUCCAUGGUACAAGCGCCACGGAACUGGGGCUCAGCUCCGACAACUCAGACUUGAAUUCAAACCUUUCACAGAGUACACUAGACAUACACUAGACACGUUGUAGCAUUUUGGGAGCAAAAAAAAAARRAAAAAAAGAAAAAAAAACUUAUUUUCUCAAGACUUUUUGUACUGAAGACAAAUUUUUUUGAAUCUUUCUUAGCUAAACCAACAUUUUUCCCUGGAACACAUCUGAACUCUGCAGUAGUAGUUUGUGGUUUUAAAAGCAAACCAACGAUGAACCUGAGGGACAGUAGAGUACAAAGAAUAUAUUUUUGUUAUGGCUGGAAUCAUAACCAGUCCUUUUUCUU